CUAGAUCCGAUGCUGGCGCUGAGCUUAGGCAGCCCCUGCGCGUUUCCAGGCGGCCAUCGGAGUGGUUUGGCACGCGCAGUGGGCGCACGCAUCCUGCAGCUGGGCCUUGGGCUCAAAAAACGCGCGACAAAGUACCCCUCAGCUGGGGGGCGCUGCCCAGAGCGCCGGAAAGGAGUUCAGUGAUGGACGUGGACGCGCUCGCGGCGAUAGCGGGUUGCGUCGUGACGCGGCGCGGCGCGGCGUGCGCGACCGAGUGCCGCCAGAGCGUGCGGGUGGUGGACUCGGCGGACAUCGUCCCGCAAAUCCUCGACUACCUCGAGUUCUGCGACUGUUUCCCGGCGGCCGUGUCGCACUGCUGGAAGGCAGCGGCGACCGCGGACCCCCCAACGACAAAUUCGCGGCGCUGGUCCGAACAGGCUUAUCGCGCUGGCGGCAAUAAGCAUAGUAACGCUUGGGUCCCGAAGACGAAUUACAAGUUCAUGCGCAUGUCGCUCGAGACGUUCAACACGUUCUCGGGCAGUAUCGAUGAUUAUUCGGAAAUCAAUUAUAGGAUGGACAUAGGUUGGUAUGAGUACGGCCGGGGGGACCUCGAUGACAUACUCGUAUCUGGCGUUGACUCGGAGAUAGUUUUUGAGAGCUACGAAAAUUUUAAACGAGCCGAGCCGAAGGUGAGCAGGGUGUUCCGCGCUCCGGCGGGCGGAUGGACGGUGAGGAGCCUUUUCGACGCCAUCGCCGAGGGCGACGAGCGCGAAUGGAGGGGCGACCACCAUUUCUUCGAGGGUCUGGAGAAGUCCAGUAACGGGCGCUACCAAAGUUUUUGGGGGAGCUAAUGUGACGUGUGUAUUAAA